UGCUGUACCUGAGUACCUGACAUCAGCAACAGUCCAUUCCCCUUCUGUCCUAGCCUAUUCGGUGACGUACUUUCAUAGAAUCUCGGAGCGCAGCUGUCCCGACCGUGCUCACUUCUGUCAAGGCGUACGAAUAACGGACGAAUCUUCCAAACUCUCCAGAACAGCUAAAUUCAAAGUUAUCACAAUCUUUUCAGCAUUCUAAAGUUUUAUCAGACACUUUCAAGAGUUGAUAUUCGACCCAAAACGACAGCACGCAAUCUGUACCCGCAAUGACAACUGAACGCGCCAUUGACGAUGUCGCCUAUGUGCGCCGCAGCUCCCUCGCUCCGAAGCAUUCCUUUCCUCCCGUCCCUCAAACCUCCCAAGAGCGACUCAACGCUUCCCUCGACGACAAGCCGCUCGACCACCUCACCUUCACGGAAUCUGAGCUCUCAGCAGCGGAAGAGAAGGGCAAGACGAUCCUCUACCUGGCUUAUGGCUCGAAUCUCUGCGCUGAAACCUUCCGGGGGGUACGCGGAAUCAAGCCCCUAUCCCAGAUCAAUGUCGUCGUGCCUGAGCUCAGGUUGACCUUUGACCUUCCGGGCGUCCCUUACGCGGAGCCAUGUUUCGCAAACUCCGCCCGACGCGAUUAUACUCAAACGCCUCCGAAUGACUCCAAGUCUCGUUACCACAAAGACCGGUGGACUAAGGGCAUGGUGGGCUGUGUCUAUGAGGUGACACUGAAAGACUACGCACACAUUAUCGCGACUGAAGGAGGAGGGUCGGCAUAUCACGAUAUCCUAGUGUCGUGUUAUCCGCUUCCCCAUGGGGAGACCGUACCCGAAUUGCCUUCAACGAAGUCCUUCAAAGCACAUACCCUCUUUGCACCAGCAGCUGUGAAAGGCGGCUUGAUACGUCCAGAUCCCAGCUACGCACAGCCUUCGGCACGCUAUCUUAAGCUCAUCUGGGACGGUGCCAAUGAACUCGACCUGCCCGCCGAAUACCAGAGGUAUCUUCACGAUAUCCGUCCCUACACUGUCACCACAAAGAAGCAAACAGUUGGGAAAGUCUCGUUUAUGGCCAUAUGGAUGCCCUUCGUUAUCAUGAUCUUUGGGCUUCAGAGACUGUUCAAGGAUAAGAGGGGAAGGUCGCCCAAGUGGCUGGCUGCCAUAUACGGAGGCAUCUUUCGGGUCAUGUGGCAGAGUUAUGAUGGUGUCUUUAAGCCCAUCUUCGGUGACGGAGAGAGGACAUUGGAGGAUCGGAUAGAUGACAUUGCUCCGCUCCGGUUUCCGACUGAGAAGAAGAGGAGAUGGAGUGUGGUAGAGUGUCCUGAUCCGGAGGAGAAGCAGCGCUUGCUGGUAUAGUAGAUUCUCGAUAUCCGAUGUCAAACACAAUUAUAGAACUAGCGGGAAAUCAAUCAAUCGGCAUGCCUUUGCGGAGGUCAUAGGGGCUGGUUGUGCCUGGAUGGGGUUCAGUGUAGUCCACCUCCGAA